UCAGUUGUUCGGGAUUUUUAGUGCAGCCAACAUCAUCAUGGUUGGUUGAUUAAGUUAGAAAAAAGAUUUCAAUGCAAUUAAAUGCUAAGUAAAUGCAAAAAAAAAAAUAUAUAUAUAUAUAAAAUAAAAUUUAGAAUAAAAUUGUCUUAAUUGUGUAUUACUUUUACGGCGUGUGUACUGAAACGGUGCAGAGCGGAAAUAAAAACGUUUCUGCUGCCCAUCAAAAAAUGAUUUAAAGUUUAAAUUACGUAUACGCCUUGCUGCACCUUGUCAUCUUUAUUCAACAGCAAUCGAGUUUGUUAAUUUUCUUCUAGCUAAAUCGCGCUACUCUGACCUGUGAUGGAUAAUUGGAAUGUUUUGGCAGCGCAAACCUCCUCCUCGGCCAUCGGACGCGAUGGCAUUAAUUUAGCAUCAAAGGAGCAUUUGACCAUCGAAAAAUUGCCCGACAAAGUGUUGCUGCACAUCUUCUCUUACCUCUCGCACCGUGAAAUUUGUCGUUUGGCACGCAUCUGCCGACGUUGGCGUCAGAUUGCCUACGAUACGCGCCUGUGGAAGAAUGUCUCGUUGCGUCCGGAAGUCUCUGGCUUGCAUGUGGGCUCCUUGGAGUCGCUGCUCGCACUCAUCUCUGUGCGUUUCGGACCCACGUUGCGUUACAUUGAGCUACCGAUCGAGCUGAUCACGCACACGGUGUUGCACGAACUCUCCGCCAAGUGUCCCAAUCUCACGCAUAUGCUGUUGGAUUUCUCAACAGCCAUGCAGUUGCAUGAUUUCAGCGAAAUGCAGGCGUUCCCCACCAAACUGCGUUACAUGUGCAUUUGCCUGUCGGAGGUGAUCUUUAUGGAGGGUUUCAUGCGGAAAAUAUAUAACUUUAUUAACGGUUUGGAGGUUUUACAUCUCAUUGGCACUUAUGAGAAAUGUGAGGAGGAGGAAGAGGAGAUUUACGAGGUUAUCAAUGUGCAUAAAUUGAAGUCGGCUACGCCGAAUUUGCGUGUAAUCAAUUUGUAUGGCAUCAAUUUCAUUGACGACUCACAUAUCGAUGCAUUCAGCUCGAAUUGUAUUCAACUGGAGUGUUUGGCUGUGAAUUUCUGCAACAAGGUUACGGGCAGCACUUUGAAGACAUUGAUACAACGUUCGAAACGCUUGAAUUGCUUGCUGAUGAAUGGCACCAGUUUGAAGUCGGACUAUGUGAUGCAAGUGGAGUGGGAUAAGUGCGCACUGCAGGAGCUUGAUAUUACCGCCACUGAUUUGUCCACCGAAUGUCUGAUUGAUCUUCUGACGAAAAUACCGAAUUUGAAAUUUCUGUCGGCUGGUCAAAUUAAUGGAUUCAAUGAUAGUGUAUUGAAGCAGUGGAUGGAGUCGGGACUGACGAGAUCUCUCAUAUCUCUGGACUUGGACUCUUCCGAUAAUAUUUCCGAUGAGGCAUUACAGAAGUUCCUAACACGCCAUGGCGGACAAUUAGUUGCUUGCUGUCUCUCUGGCAUGCCACAUAUUACGGAUCAGUUGUGGAUGAGCAUACUACCAGUGUUGGGCAAUGCAAAAAUCAUUGUUAUGGGCACAGCAGAAAAGCUCGGAGUCAACAUACACGUCGAUCAAUUGAUGGACACGAUCGCAUCGAAUUGUGGUAAUUUGGAGCGCUUGGAAUUGAGAUGGGAUCCGGAUAAUUUGCGUUUCUCGGAUAAGAGUCAGAAAGCUAUUGAUUUGCUGCGUGUCAAGUGCCUUAAGCUGCGUUGCAUGGUGUUGAGUGACGGUCGCUAUUAUGAGACGGUGAAGGCAAAUUUCGAGCGCGCUGAUCGUGUGACUGUAGUGCGCACAACGACUUGCUGUCGCGUCUCACCUUACCAUUUGCUGCGUAACUACAAUGAAUUGAUUUUCAAUUGAAGCAGAGUUGGAGCGCAAAUCGUUUUUUCGUCGCUUUCUAGUCAGCAUAUUUUCUUGUAAAUUACUCUUUUAUAUUGCGAUUUGUAUUUUUUUUUUUGCUAAUACCUUGAUUUUUGGCUAAAUAUUGCCUUUUAGUGCGUUCAAGAUACGUUAAAAUUUUGGAAAAAAAAUUGAAAAAUAAAAUAAGAGUUUUAGAAAUUUUGAAUACUCAUCAAUGUAGUACGAAAAAACUCGUAGUCUUUUAAGAAAACAAAAAACGCUCCUUUUAACUCUUUUAAAUUAUAUAAAAUUUUAGACGCAUUCAUUCAAAGAAUCUGGUAAUUAUAACAUCAAAAAGGCAAUGGUUUACAAAUAAAUAAAUUGCAUACACGUACAAUCAAUUACUGGGACAAGAAAAUUACGUAUACGCACAGCCGCACCAGCAAAGCUAAGCCCCUUAAUUGGCCAAUUUUAUGCCAUAACAAUAAUAACUGGAUUUUUUUUUUAAUUACGCACUUUUAAUUGAAUUGCUAAAAAUCUUUGCUAUCAUAAACUAUGUAUGUUUGUAUUUAAUUUUUGCACUAUUUAAAACUUCAAACGCACACACUACAUGUGCGUUAUACAUACACAAA